AUGGCUCCAACACUGGUGCCAGUCAUCAUCCUCUGUUUUCAAGUGAUUGGCCUCUUCGGUAAUAUCAAUCUUAUCGUGGCAACUUUACGAACAAAGAGUUUUCACACAAAACAUGGAGUGCUGCUAGCUCUGACGACCCUUUACCAGUCUUUCUGCCUGCUGGGUGAACUUGUAACUGCAAUAGUCGGUCUAUAUGGUAUAACCUUUCACAGGCAUUCGUGCUUCGCGCUGAUGCUUCCUUACAUAAUAUUCAGUUGCAUGCAGUCGACCAUGUUUUUCGUGCUUGUACUCAAUAAGCUGCUCUCCGUCAUAUUUCCCAUGCGAGUUAUGGUAAUAGAACUGUGGGCAUACGUAAUGAUGGCCUCCACUCCUCCGAUCAUCUACGCUGUUUUCAUUCUAAUAAUAAAUGUGGUCAUGAUGUUUCGCGGUGAAGAGAACCCAGUGGUCAAGUUCUGCAACCCCUCGUUCGCAAUGGAACCACUAGCGUCGGGUGUGUGGAUUCUCUGGAAUGCGUUCUCGAAUAUAAUGGUGCUCUGCAUGCACAUUUCCUUCUACCUGGUUGUACGGUCAAAAGUUGCAACAAGUGCAGAGCUUAGGAAAAACUUCGUUCCUCCCGACGAAAAAAGGUGUAUUCUUUGCCUACUGAUUUUAUUGACUUGUUUCGUCUGCACUUGGUGCACAUGCAUGCUUUCACAGGCAGUUGUUUUGUGGAUGCAGCCAUCUGAGGCCACCUUCGCAGUACAACUAUAUUCGGUGAUCUUCGCUCUUAUGGCAUAUUCUAUGAAUUUCUAUGUCUACUUCGCGAAAAAUCAUGUAUAUCGUAAAGUAUUCCUGGAACAGUUGUCGUGCUUGGUGCCUACACGGUACCGUUCCGAGUCGAGCUCCGACCGAUCAGGGUCAAGUCAACCAUCUUCUCGCGUGACCUUACCGCAGGACACUUCUUAUCGUGAAGGCAGUAACCUCAGCACUUCAAAGCAUCUCGAACAAUCCAUUCUUCUUCACUGUCGCGGAGCGAAAGUGAAGAAGAACUGA